AUAUGGGUAUAAGAAAUAACAGCCAUGGAAAGGUUGAUAAAGAAACACAAUCACCGCUGCUGAAGAUUUUUAAGGAAAUAAUGACAAGAGAGAAAGAUGAUCCAGAAAAGAGGAAUCUCCUGAUGGAGCAGAAAGAAGAUAAAAAGAGAAGACAAUACUCUGGUUCCAGAACUAAGAUCGAUCGAAGGUCCUGUGAGUCGAGCAGUUCGGAGCAGCGCAAGAGAGGGACUCCGUACAAAACCUCUUCUAUUGAUCAGAGAGGCGAAUUUCCACACAACAGGAAUCGAAGCUUGGCCUACCCGAGCGAGAAAAAAGAUAGUUGGUGGUGUUGGAGUAAUAAAGAUGAUAAAGAAAAAGAUAAACCGAAGAAACUGCAGUCGAACGACGAUACCUGCUCCUGCGUCUCAUGCGCAUUAAGGAAACUGGUCGGCUCAGAAUACGCUUGCAUUGGCUGCCUUCUCCUCCUAUUCGCGAUAUCCAUCAUCAUUGCUUACCUGAUCAUCUGCAAGGGUGUACCAGGGUUUGGUGGGGAUGACUGCAAAGACAAGACCACCACGCCCCCCACCACUACCAAGUGCAAAAAGUCAGUUGACAGCGAGCGGUUGAAGCGAAAGAUUGAACUGCUGAAUGGGAACCGAAUGAACAAUGACUAUCCUGGUUUUAAUGAUUAUGAUAAGGAUUUGAAAAGUUACGAUGAUCCGAUGAUGUCACCAAACAAAGGCGUGGCUGGAAUAGAUUUUGGUCCGAGUUUUCGUGAAUUGAAUUCUCUGGACGAGUCUGAAAGCAAAAUGUCUGGUGACGUCGACUGGACUAAUGUCCUGGAUGCAGACAAGAAUAGUGAACUACAGGGCAGUGAUAAACUUCGAGAAUUCUACAAGAAACUAGUUCAAACUGACGCCAAAAUAAAAAGCCUAAAACGCAUCAACCAAGUCGAGAUGCAUUACCUUGACGAUGACUUACGAAAAUCUCCAGACAGAUCGAAAAGAUCAUUAAAAUUAUACCAUUACCCAAAGAAACUACACUUCAUAAGACAUAGAAGAUCACUGCUAAACAAGAACAAUGAAAGCCCCUACUUGAGGAGACGAGCGAUGAAUAGGACUCGACUGAAACGGUUCAGCAACGAAUCCGAAGAACCAACGGGCUUUGUCAUAGAAAAGAAGAAACUCCUUGUUCAAUACAAGCCUGCUGGCAGAAAGAAAAUUGCAGUAAAGAAAUGCUCUCACGCCCCAAAAGACUUACACAUUCAUGAACAUCAACUUAAGCACCCGUUUUAUAAAAAUACUCAGCGUUUAGAUGAACUGCUGGAUAGAUUUUUGAACAAAAACCUACCAGAAAUUAUGUCUGAUCCGUUUGGGUUGGAUGUGCUUUUCAAGCAGAAUCCUAAUAAGGCUUGUAAGCAUCCGAAGCCUCAUAAAAAUGUGAAUAUAAUUGGGAAGGAACCACGAAUAGACCAGAUACCGAAGCCUAAACAGAAGAUGAAGUUGCCAAAGGAAGAAAAAAUGGAGACUCAGUCUGAUCUCCUGAAGAUGCUGAAGCCGGAGUCCACGACGGAGUAUGAGAAAGACUUCUACCAUCACGAGGCGCAGAUGAUUGGAAAGGAGAGGCAGAAGAUUGUCACAGCGAGUCCUAAUGAUUUUGAAGUGCUGUUGAGCGUUUCUACUAUAAUGAACCCUGACAUGAAGCAUACAAAAGUGGGACAAGUGACGAGUCACAUGGACAAAUCACAAAUACUGGGGAAGGUGCCGAAUCUCCGCCGUCUGAUGCAGCUGGAAAAUGAAGAGGACGAGAAUCUUGGCUAUGAGGACUUCAAGGAGGUGCUGACAGAUGAUAUGGAGAACCACGAUGAGAUGGAUAAAUCUGUUGAUAGGAAGAAACGGACUGAUGAUAAAUCACAAGUACCUACAGAUAAAUCGACGAAGUACAAUCCACCUGGUGUGCACAAUCCCAACUGGAAGGGUCCCAUGCCUCUGUAUCCUGAUGAACUUAACUCCAUGGUCAAACAUGGUCCUCCUAACAGCACUAAAGACCAUAAGGAGGAAAAGAAACCGAAACCAGCGAAUCCAAAACUGAUAGAAGACUUACUUCUUAAAAGAGCAGGAAGGGAUGUAUCAGACGUGGAAUACGUAGAAGAUUAUCUAAAGAACAAGUAUGAUAAACUAGUAGAAAUGGCUCAAGCGUACAGUGACUAUGGCGUGCUAGAUGAUAAGAAAGAUGCCCGAAAUGAGAAGAAUUCUGAUGAAACAGCAACUGAUAGAAGAAUUAAGUUGUCUGCCGAUGACAAUAUCUAUGGUCCCAAUCUUGUUGAAAGACUGAGAUCAGGUAGACUCCCAGAGGCUAUGACUAGUGCGGAAAGCAUCAGGAGACAGAGGGAUGUUUCUGAGAGUGCCUCCCCCUAUACUACUGAGCAGCCAGAUGCAGUCUCCAACACAAUGUUCUUCUCAAAUCCCUACAGCUUCGGCACCAUUAGCACCUACCGCAACCUCCCAGAAGGCCUCAGCUUCCAAAUGAAGAUGCCUAACAAAUCAAAAGAUGAAGAAGUCAGCUUAUUCAACAUCUUCUCCAAACACGUUCAAUUUAAGUCAAAAACUAAAGCGCACACUCCUCAUCAAACGAAAACAGCCACAAUGCCCACUAUGAAAUAUGCGUUUCCAGAAUUGAAUGAGUUUUUUAAAGUAAAUAAAACUGAGACACCCAGUCCUAUAACAGAGAAAGCAACUCCUUCUCUAUUAGAAGGUUCAGAUCCAGAUUCAGGUAUCAUAUUCGCUCUUUCUAAAAACAAGAGGACUUUGCUAUCGACAAAUUUCGAAGAUGUUUCCGAAAGCUUUCAUCAGGUUGAAAGUACAACAGCCAAUCCAGAGGUAUCAGAGAAUAGUAUCGACAGUUUUGUCAAAGAUUUAGAUAUACAAUCUAACAGUGCAGCUAAUAAGAAAGCACUCGCUCAUUACAUAGAAGUAAUGAGACAGAAGAAUAUUAAAAUCUUUAGCACUGCUCAUCCAGAUUAUAUGCGAAUAAGUACCACGGCAGCUCCAUUUAACGAAGUGCCUACCUAUGUGACUCUUAAUGCUAGUCUGACAUCAACAUCAUCCUCAAUUAACGAUAAGCCAUUGAUAACAGAUACAGUUGUGACAAUAAAUAGAAGUGAUAUCAAAAUGGAUGAUUACACAGGCAAUAAUUACUUAGGACAGAUCAUGUUGACUGUUCAGAAUCCAGACUUUGGAAUAGAACAUAUAAACUUAAUGUUUGAUGUCCCAUUGAUCAUUAAUUUUAAUGAAGAACCAAUGAUGAUAAUGAACGAUAGUUUAAGCUUCCCUGAGACAGAUAAUCAGUUUGACGCGUUUCCUGAAGCUGUGAGGGCGAACGAGACUGAGCCACAGAACUUUGUUGGGUCAUCUUUCGAAAAUACUAUAAGAAAUAGAACUAUAGUUAAAAGAAGUAAGGCGUUCAGUAAUCUCACUGCAACAUGGAUUGAUUUUAAUGCAACAGAUACGACUGAAACAACUACUCCGAUGAAUGUAAAUAGUAGUUUUAGUAAUAGUAAUACGAAUGUAUCAAUGGUGGCUCAUCGGUCACUAAAUAGUACUUUUGAUUCGGAUAAUAUGACAUUGAGUGAUUUCUUUGCGAUGGUCUCUGAUUGGUUUAAAGCUUUUGAAGAUUUGAAAGGGGCGAAGCCGAGGCAGAAUAGUUUGUCUGAUUUGAGCGACAUGUUAAAAUCAUCAUCAUCAUCAGCAAACACUUCUACUGAACCGAACGUCACCACUCCGGACACUACCUACCCCCUCUACGAUAGUAGUAAUGAUAACAUCGGUCACAUGGGCAAUAUCAGCCGCUUCAAAUCCAGGGUCCUUCUGUCAAUUGAUGAGAGUCCCACAAAUGCGACAGAGAAGACUGUUGACACCACUUCCAAUGUCACUACUCCUAGCAUCAGUCUUACUAGUGGUAAUGUGACCAAUACCACAAGCCCAUCAACCCCACUACUGAACCUCAACAGUAACACAACAACGAAACAGAAGGCAAAACAGAAAGCUAUCACCAAACCCAAGGCACCAGAGGCAGAGAAAAAACUCAAAGUCAAAGCUAUUUUCAAAAGGAACGCUGAAGACAGUAAUUUAAUAUUUUGGAAUGACAUUUACGAUGAUGAAUACGGCGUGCAAGCUGACAAACUUGAUAAUUCUGUUAGGGACAAGCAUUCGGUUAAAGAUAAUGACUUUAUACAAAGAUCAGGCAGAUGGGUACAUGAGAAAAUAAAAAAGUUUGCUGAGAAUUUGAAAAUGAAUCCACAUAUUUACAAUUCACCCAUCGAUCGUUCUGGAGAUACGGAGCCCAAGGAUCGAGUUCCACGGUCCGUCAAAAACAAUGAAAUGGCAUCGUAUCCGAAGAAUGUUUACGAGAAAAUUUAUAAACAUCGUGUUGGACGCCAAGAGGCAGAGAACAAGGAUGAUGAUGAUCUAGAUGCGGAUCAGAAAUCGAUUUUCUUAGCAUUGACUGCGAAUAUGAGGGAUGUUUGUAGAAAGGCGGCGAAGGCUGUGCAGCAGACUAGAAACCUAGACUCGCCCACAGAACAAGGAAAACCUAGCAAUACUGCUAAAACAGAAUCCAGGGAGGGAUCCAUAGCAUCCGCUCUGAUGCAGCAGCUGGUCCGUCUUCUCACAGACCUGGUGGACUACCAGGUCCAACAGAAGACUUGUUCAAAACUACCAACCGACCUCCAAAGUUUUCUGGAAUGGCUGACCUAUCCAAAGGAGGAGGUGCCUGAACCUCAACAGCCGGAGACCAUGAGCCUGAGCCUGAGACCACCCUACCAGGACGAGGAUGUGAUGGAACAGAUGCAAGAGAUGCAGACCGAGAGUAGUGAUGACUUGUUUGCUUCGGUGUCUAAUAAUAAGAAAUUUGAAGACGAUCAUGACAUAGACGUGAAACAAUUGGAUCGAGUCAAUGUAAUGGAUGUGAGGGCUCAUUACAUGGACUGUCUCCAUUCCCUGAAGGAACUGUUAGACCAGUAUGAGGAUAUGACUGAUGAGGAUAAGAGUAAAAUGAUGGGUGUUAAAAGCUACCUUGACAGUCAGGUGAAUUUUCUUAACAAGCAAAUGAGUGGAUAUGAUUUGUAUUCGCUUUUCGACAAACAAAACUUAGUGCGACUCAAACGAGACACGAAAGCGAAGAAACGCCCGAAAAGGCUUAGAUUGAGGAGGAAACUGAACAAAUUCAUCAAAAGCUUUGGUAAGAAACAUACAAGGACCACAGCAAGCUUCUACGAUGGAGUUCAAGUCACAGAUAUGAAAAGAGUUACAAUAAAAAAUGAUGAUAUCAUAGCCACAGUUGAUACAAAUGAUAAAUUAGCUAAAAGGAACCUAAAAGAUGUUUAUUACAAAGCAGUAGCUGAUGCUAAAAAGCAUGCGACAGCUACUAAAAAUGUGCAUAAGAACAGUGAAGUUACGCACGAAUCGAGUACAAUGAAAAUGCAAAAGUGAUUGAAGAAAUUGAAGAAAGAUGAUUUUCGAAAUGAAGGCUUCAUGUCAAGAUAAGAUGAAAAUGGAAAACUUUAG